GAGUAGAAGGUCUGGGAGCUUUGGGAGAAGGGGAGGACAGACGGGAGGCGUGUUCCGCCGGAGUUUUCCUUUUCUUGCGAGCCCUCGUGCGCGCGCACAGUCACCCCUUUGGUCUGGCGAUUGCGGACGGGAGGUGGAGACGCUCCAUCCCACCGGGUGGCCGGAGGCGGGCGACUCGGGGAGGACCUCCCCGGAGAAGCCGUGCCCAGGAAGUUUUGCGAAGCGGAGGCAGCGGUGCAGCCGGGGCCGCUGCCGCGCCGGAGCCCGGGACACUCGCCACCCACCCUCGCCGUCUCGGCUUCCUCUCGCCCAGGCGCCGCGCGCGGACCGGGCAGCCGUCCGCGCCCGCCGAGCUCCACGGUAGAAAAAAAAAAAAAAAGAGGGUGUCAAAGCCAAAGAAUAAGAGACCUUUCCUCAAAUUUGCGUCAAGAUGGAAACCUUUUGCCUCAGGGUGUUGUUUGGGUUGGCGCUGGUUGGAUGUGUCAUCAGUGAUAAUCCUGAGAGCUACAGCACAAAUCUCAGCACCCAUGUGGACGAUUUCACCACUUUUCGUGGGACAGAACUCAGCUUUGUGGUUACCACACAUAGACCCACGAAUCUGGCCCUCCCCAACAAUGGCUCAAUGCACAACUAUUGCCCACAGCAGACUAAGAUUACUUCAGCUUUCAAAUACAUUAACACUGUGAUAUCGUGUACUAUUUUCAUCGUGGGAAUGGUGGGGAAUGCCACCCUGCUGAGGAUCAUUUACCAGAACAAGUGCAUGAGGAAUGGCCCCAACGCACUGAUAGCCAGCCUUGCCCUCGGAGACCUUAUCUAUGUGGUCAUUGAUCUCCCUAUCAAUGUAUUUAAGCUGCUGGCUGGGCGCUGGCCUUUUGAUCACAAUGACUUUGGCGUAUUUCUCUGCAAGUUGUUCCCCUUUUUGCAGAAGUCCUCAGUGGGGAUCACCGUCCUCAAUCUCUGUGCUCUCAGUGUUGACAGGUACAGAGCAGUUGCCUCCUGGAGUCGUGUUCAGGGAAUUGGGAUUCCCUUGGUCACAGCCAUUGAGAUUGUCUCCAUCUGGAUCCUUUCUUUUAUCCUGGCCAUCCCCGAAGCAAUCGGCUUCGUCAUGGUGCCCUUUGAAUACAAGGGUGAACAGCACAAAACCUGUAUGCUCAAUGCCACGUCAAAAUUCAUGGAGUUCUACCAAGAUGUUAAGGACUGGUGGCUGUUUGGGUUCUACUUCUGCAUGCCCCUGGUGUGCACCGCGAUCUUCUACACCCUCAUGACUUGUGAGAUGCUAAACAGAAGGAACGGCAGCCUGAGAAUCGCCCUCAGUGAACACCUGAAACAGCGUCGAGAAGUGGCAAAAACAGUUUUCUGUUUGGUCGUAAUUUUCGCUCUGUGCUGGUUCCCUCUUCAUUUAAGCCGUAUUUUGAAGAAAACCGUGUAUGAUGAAAUGGACACGAACCGAUGUGAAUUACUUAGUUUCUUGCUGCUCAUGGAUUACAUUGGUAUUAACUUGGCAACCAUGAAUUCAUGUAUAAACCCAAUAGCUCUAUAUUUUGUGAGCAAGAAAUUUAAAAAUUGUUUCCAGUCUUGCCUCUGCUGCUGCUGUUACCAGUCCAAGAGUCUGAUGACCUCAGUCCCCAUGAAUGGAACAAGCAUCCAAUGGAAGAACCAUGAACAAAACAACCAUAACACAGAGAGGAGCAGCCAUAAGGACAGUAUAAACUAAACAUCUUAAGGAACAUUCAUCAAUAUACUUCAAAUCCUAUUGGAGAAAAAAAAAAAAAUCAACACAGCAACUGCAUCUCCAGAAAUCUCUUCUUCCAUCCUUCUCCCAUGACUCAGUACCACCCCCUGGAAAAAUGUUUUCCAAAACAUUGAAGGGUUGACUGGUUUAUACCCACAAAUUCAACGAAUCUUACUUUGAUUUAUCUAAUUUACAUAGUCUGCAUGUUAUAUUCAGCCCUAAAAAAUGGUGGGAGUUGGUGGGGGGAAGGAGAUUGUUCAGUUAAACCAGAAGGAUAUAUACUAUCUUUGCAUGAAAAUAGAGUUUUCGAGUACGUGGCUAGCUUUCGUGGCGGUUCUGUAGAAUGUUCCGUAAGAACUGGUCACCAUGAAAAGCUUAGAAAUUAUAACAAGGUUUUCUAUUUUUUUAAAGUAAUUUUGUUUUUUUUGGCCAAACACGGUAUGGGUUUAAGUCUCCUUUAUUUGAAAUGUCAUUCAGUGCCAGUAUUUUUUAACUGCAUAGUUGCCUAUACAAAUGAUGACUUGAGCUUAUUUACACAUAUUUUGCCCCCCAAAAAGAAGAAGACAUAAAAUGGACUUCAGGUGAGCAAUUAGGUUAAUGUUUCUCACGUCACUGGCUUAUUUUUAAAACAUAAAUUCUCAAGCUGCAAGAGCUUACAAGAACUUAAAGCACAGACCGAUAUCCACAUAUGGCAGUUUAAUAGCUGCUAUUCAAACAAUUUUUAAGAAUCUAUAUUUUCUUUUUUAAUGGUGUUUCAUUACAGGAGACCUUGUGCAUAUUUUUAUGUUAAAUUUAAAAAUAAUGCUUGAAUGAAAUAGUUCUAUUUUUCAUAAGCCCAAUUUUUUUAAUGGAAGUAUGUUAUGUAAAAUCAAUACCAUAUACUAAAAUUUAAAUGUAUGUGUCAUUUAACUAUGCCCAAGACUUUCAGUGCAAUGCACAGAAGUCCACAGCACAGCCAGGAGAAAAGGACUGAGUAUUUUCAGAAGAUUUGGAAAAUUUCACUGAGGUUUAUUUUUGGUUUUAGUAACAUGUAUACGUGUGUAUAUGUAUGCAAAUGUACAUACAUAUAUACAUAUAUAUGUAUACAAGUCACCUCAUAGUCUCUUGAUUGCUUUUAAAAUGUUAACUGGCAGUAAGACUUUUUUGGUCAUUCCCUUUUUCAUAUAGGAAUAUAGGAAACAUAAUUUCAAAGAGGCCAGCUGAGUUUGUCAUGUCAGUGAAAUAUAAUUGCCACCAUGAACUUAAGGUUCUCUGGAUUUCCAGGAUGCACCUAAACACCUCCCUCAACCCAACUCCUCACAUAGUCACCAUUUCAAAAGGCCCACAGUGAUUUCUGCUGGGCAUUUUCCACGAUGUUUACAGACUGUGAGUACAGCAGAAAAUCUUUUACUGUGUGUAUAUAAACAUAUAUAUAUAUAUAUAUAUAAACAACCAUACAGUUCUUUUAGCCAA